AUGGCGCAUCGGUUGCUUUUACCGUCACCCAUCGUUUCUCAGCCGUCACUCAUACGAACUCUGCCAUCAGCCUUCCGCCCUCAGCCCUCUGCGAAAGUCUUAUCCAUAAAGUGUCACUUGCUAAUGAAAGGAAUUCGUAGAGGCCCAGACAGAUUUUGGGAUGAUGAGGACUAUGUAGAUCAGGAUGCCAGUGAGACAGCCUGGAAAAACGAUGACCCCAUAUUGGAGGAAUGUCUCUGGCUGGUGACCAAAAAUGCUUCAGGUAUUAUCACUGGAAAGGAUCACUGUGUCUGUGAAAUUGUCCUACCAGACAGUACUUUCCCAGCCCAGAGGGUAACAGCUCUGGAGGAUGAGACCCAGCGACUAGGUAACCGGGUGGAAGAGGAAAUGGAAAAGAUAGAAGAGCAAGAAAUUAGAUUAGAAUCAUACUUGGAUAGACUCAUUAAUUUUACCUGGCGACUGGAACGUCUGGAGAAAAUGCGCCCAGAGGACCUGGUGGACAUCAACUUCGGUCUUCUCAGAGAGGAUUUACAGGAGAUGGAAAGACUUGUUAUUGAACUAAAGGCCAAGCUUAAAGGAAAUGCCACUCAUGUUGAGAAUUUAUAUACAGAGGUAAAGAAUAUCUCAAAGAUUGUUGGGCUAUUAGAAACUAUGGACAAAAACAAUGUUCUCAAAGCCCAGAGGGACAUGGACAUUCUUAAGAAGAAGCUUCUGGACUGUGAGAAGAACCUCAAAGCCAUUAAGACACCAGUCACUAUACCACUUGGAUCGUGCCAGCAUCGUGGCUUAGCUCGCAUUGGCAAACCAAACAUUAUUCAAUGGAAAGGAGUUGGUUACAAAUCUGGAGCUUGGGGUAAAGAUUCCGCUUGGAACACCACCAGGAAACUCAUGUACUGGGUCGCACCACUGAAUGUUAAUGGUCGUAUACUGGAGUCUGUGCGAGUCUAUUCAAAUCUGUAUGAUAUGCAGUUGAACAGAAGCGCAUUUAAUAUACCUCUUGCUAGGUUUAUGAAAAACAAGUGGAACUACACCAUUGCUGGCCAAGGUUCUGGAAUGAUUGUACAUAACAAUCACUUGUACUACAACUGUUAUAAUAGUAGAGAUAUGUGUAGGAUCAAUCUGAGCAGCCUUGUGACCCAACGCAAAACCCUUAUUAAUGCAGUGUUCAACAACAGAUACUCCUAUGCAGGUGUCAGCUUCCAGGAUAUUGACUUUGGUUCAGAUGAGAGGGGAUUGUGGGUAAUAUAUACUACAGAGGAAAAUGCAGGCAAGCUUGUAAUAGGUAAGGUAAAUGUUGCUACCUUCAAUAUAGAUAAUAGUUGGCCCACCACCCAGUUAAAAUCUGAGGUAAGCAAUGCCUUUAUGAUCUGUGGGGUUCUGUAUGCUACACGAUUCAUCAGCUCAAAGCAAGAAGAGGUCUUCUACACAUUUGACACUAAGACAGGCAAGGAAGUAAGAGUCAGCAUUAUUAUAGAUAAGAUAUCAGAAAGAGUGCAGAGUCUAAGUUACAACUCCAAUGACCGCAAGCUGUACAUGUUUACUGAUGGUGUUUUAGUCUCCUAUGAUGUUGCCUUGAAGGCUUAAGGUCCCUCCUUUACCUACAAUCUUUACCACUACUUGUUAUAUCAAGUAUUUGGCACAAAGGACUUGAAUUCCUUGGUCCUCAUCACAAAAUCUAAUUAUAUGCAAAUUAGGGCAAUGUAGCAUGCCUGCUCAGAUGAAUGUAUAAUAAUUAGGUACUCGGAUCUUGACUGCCUAUAUAUAUAUUUCAAAGAUGCUGGUGUGCUACCUUUAAAUGGCCACUUUUUAUUGAUUUUAAUGUGGUUAUUGAUAAUUCUAUAAUUGUAAAGUCAUCUCUCCAUACUGAACUAGCUGUCCAGUGUUCCAGUGAGGUAACCUUAAAUCUUGAUAUCCCAACCUCUGAUAACCUUAAUACAUGGUCACUUACCUUGUCUUAUUUCCACAUUGCAAAAUCAAACUUUUCUUUAUAAUUUUGAGGUUCUUUAGCCAAUACAGAGUAGGUAGAGGGUGUAUAUAUAUAUCUAUACACAUUUCUGUCAUGUUAUGCACUAAAUACUAUCAUUGGUCUUUGCAUGUUUUUUAAUAACAUUGUAUUAUCUUUUAUCCAAAUCGUGUUAAUUCUAACUGCAAGAGAGAAAUAAAGUCAAUA